GCCAAUCAAUAACGGAACUCCUGCUUAGAGCAUUUUGGACUCCUGUCUGGAGUUUCAUACUUGAGGAGAAACGCAAGAGAGGGCAACUCCUUAAAGUACUCGUCGCAUGCGAGAUUCUCUGUCAAGAAGUUUUGGAUUCUCCUGCCAGGAUGUACACGACGGGAUUGAAUCCGUUCUACGCGUCGAACUUCAGCCUUUGGACUGCGUACUGUUCGGGUGGUUUUGGGGUGGAUAGCAUGAAAAAACCCUCGUUCUGCAUUGCUGAUAUUCUGCACGUUGGAGAUGCUGAGAACAUCCCCGGGUCAUCUUCGCUUAUGGCCCAUAUUGGGGCCCGGGCGUCCGGAUCACCGCUGCGCCCGUCCCCGGUCACUCCGGACGUGCGCUUGCACCCCGCGUCCGCGUAUCACCGGCAUGGAAUACACUUGACAUCUGCGUCCAGAGGCGCGAUGCACGCGCAGUCCGCGCCCCCGCCGUCAAGUAAAGACCUCAAGUUCGGAAUCGAUCGGAUAUUAUCCACAGACUUCGAGCCGAAGGCUAAAGAAUCUCCAUCUUUGAGAGAUCUCACAUCGAUUGUUAGUCCGAAUCGGCAGUCAGCAGUCCAUGUGUCUGCCAGCCCGUACUUCGCGUCCAUAGACCCGACCAUGAGCGAAACCUCCUCCAUGAUGGGUUCAAUAAGCAGACAAUCAGGGCAACAUCAGUUUCAAGACACCUUCCCAGGGCCGUAUGCAGUGCUUUCUAAAGACACAAUGCCACAGACGUACAAGAGGAAAAGGUCCUGGUCCAGAGCCGUGUUCUCCAACCUCCAGCGGAAAGGCCUCGAGAAGCGUUUCGAAAUCCAAAAGUACGUCACGAAACCGGAUAGAAAACAACUGGCUGCCAUGCUGGGACUCACCGAUGCACAGGUCAAAGUUUGGUUCCAGAAUCGGCGGAUGAAAUGGCGGCAUUCCAAAGAAGCGCAGGCGCAGAAGGACAAAGAGAAAGAACAGCCGGAUAAAUCCGCGACCGAGACCGAGCAGAAAGAACGCGACGACUCCGAAUGCGAAAGCGAACCGAGCGAGUCCGAAUUCGAAGACGGAGCGGAGGACAAAAGCGACGUGGACAUUUCUGACCUCAGCAAAGCCAGUGUGAUUAUUCCCAGCACGCAGGACACAUCCAGCACAAACUCCACGACAGAACCGAGCUCAGCCACACAACUGCUGCUGUGAGUCAACGGAACCGAGUCAUCUGGUGUGAACACCUCAAACACACGGGACAGAGACACACAAUAGAGCACAAACACACACAAACAGGCCUACUUGAGCCAUCGUUUCAUGUCUUCCAUUGUGAAACAGACCCUUCGUGAUCCCUGAGAGAGGAAAGCAUCGCUCUGCCUGAACCGAACCACUCGCCCUUCUUUAUGACGAUUUGGGAAUUGAAUGUUCAUGAAUUAAGACUUGAUUGUAUUAUAUUUCGUCUGUAAGUAUUUGCACUGAAAAUGUAAAUAAACGUUUGUUACUAAUA